UUAUGCCGCAUUGCUGCAAACGCGCUUCGCCAUCGCGACGCGACGCAACGCCGGGUCAGCGGGACGACAGGCUCUGCGCCGGAAGACCAGCGGCCGCGGCGACAGCAGCGGCAACGGGACGACAGGAUGUCGCAGCGUCGCCGUGGAAGACGACGAGGCCCGGAUAAGUCGCGAAUGAGUCGGAAUUAAAAAGAGAGAGAGAAAGAGAGAAAGAAAAUAUAAAUAAAAGAGAAAUAUAUUCUCUCUCUCUCUGACGCUCACCUUGAUCCCCAAUCAAGAGCCUCCGACUUAUAAUCAGAGAUAGACGACGGAACGAAAACAUGAACGUCCGCCGGCUGCCCGGCUUCGUAUACAACUACAAGCUCGCGACGCUUCUCCUGGUGUCCGGUCUGUUCCUCGUCGUUUACCUGCUUCUGUAUUGGGGUGUGAUGUGCACAAAUCUCGAGGCCUGGCGUCACGUGUCCAUCGUGUGCAGCCAGCAUCGAGACGGUACCGCGAUGGGAAUUCUCUGCGAACCAUUGUGCGCCGAAAAGGGGAUACAUUCUCUGGCAUGUGAAACUCUCCAUGCGGGCAAAGAGGCAGUUUUCUCCGCGCAUUGGGAAGCGACUCGGCUCGUGUUCAAGGCUUCAAGGACCAAAACAUCCUCGGAGCAAUUUGAGUCUCUGUACUGGAUGGACGCGACUGGUUUGCGACACUUUCCAUCCGAAGACGACUUCAUCAUCAUGAUCAAGGACUUGAUUAUCAAUAAACUGAAUAUGAGCCUCGCGCGACAUCAAUUGGAGAGACUUGCCCGAUUGCGAACACAUCGGAUAGAGACUGAAACGAAGAGACGUCAAUUGGAGAUGGAGAAUCUCUGGCCGUUGCUGCAGGAGAACGAAUAUCUGAUGAUGAUCCUGUACGAGGACAGAGACGUGUUUCCGCAACUGAUCGGCACGUGCGGCACCUUUUACGCGGUCGAGUACGUCAGACCGAUCGAGACACCCACGACGGUGCUGGCCCUAUCCGACUCGAAACCCGAAUGGGCCAAAAGGCUAAAGCUCGCUGUGAUGAUUCUUAAUUUGCUCGAGGAAUUCGAAGCGGACUUCCCCGAGCCGCUCUAUCUCUGCGACGUGAAGAUCAAUCAUUUUGGCUUGCCUCUAGGUGGGCAAAAAUUAAAAUUUUUGGAUCUAGACGCGGUCUUCCCGAAAACUAUCAUUGAUCGUGUAAUUGCUGAUGGUAAGAGCUGCGAGAAACACGAGGACUGUGAUUACUUCGACUGCCGGUCGGUCUGCUCCAAAAAUAAACGCUGCGAAUCGCCGGUUCUCAAUAAUAACUUACAGAUUAUCUGCGAGAAAAUCUUUCUCGGUUGGACGCUUUCAGGAACGAUAAUCAUUCCUGGAUUACUAAUGUCAGAACAUACCACCAGCACUUUAGCGGUGUUAUUGAGACAAUGCUCCAAUCCUGAUGGCGACACGACGCAUUUGCCGCGCGCGGCAGCGACUGACAGCUUGAAAAAACGACUUUACAACAUGCUGAGCGAGAUGGAACAAGAAUACUCAGCGCUUGUGUGAAAUAGGAAACAUAUGAGAAAGACGAUGUUGAGAGGGAAAAAUCGCACUCUUUCGGCGCACAACAAUAAAAACGCCGCGAAUUUACGAUUGAAUAAGAUACAAACGAUUUAUUUAUCGAGAUAUUAUUAUAAUUUUUUUCGUACAGGGUGUCCCAUAGAAAAUUGUUGAA